AUGGCUGUCGAAGGCGCCUCUACAUCUCCCAUCCCCAUCGAGGAUCUCACCAAGAUCACCACCGAGGCGUGCGAGGAAGCACUCAGUACCAGCAAGGGCUAUGAGCACGACAAUGUCGGAACCUGGAACUCAAAGAUCAUUAACACCGUCCUCAAGGCCCUAAUCGCGGCUACCGCACCCACCGAAUCAUCCAAGCCCCCUCCCUACCGCUUCACCGUGAACAGCACUAUCGUACAGCAGGGUGUGAUAGACGAGUCAGCUGCCGCAGAUGGCGCACUCAGCAAUGCCGGCAAGCGCGGGAUGCACUCUGCCUCCGGCGCUUUCUGGGAUGUGAGCCGUGAUGGCAUGUGGACUUUCAAGUACACCGGUGCUGAGGAGCGGGGCUUGGAUGUUGUUGUCUGUGUUACUUGGUUUGCCGUUGUAUAA